UACUAACGUUAUUUCGCUGAAUAAAGUUAUCUAAAUAUCAUACCGAGGUGCCUGAACUGAUGUCAUCAUCAAAGGCUUACACUACGACUAGCACCUGAAAUAAGCUUUAUAACUCCCUUCCAUCGUCCCCUAACAACUUGUCCUUUACAAACACCUGGUUGACGAUUCCCACGUCGUUUAGAGUAGAUUUUUGUUUUCCACGUCCAUAAUGACUCAAAAUUCGUUCAAAUGUAUUAAAGACAACGCUUCUAUCACCGUUUUUGGCGCCUCCGGAGAUCUUGCCAAAAAGAAGACGUUCCCUGCUCUAUUCGGUCUUUUCCGUGACGAUUUAUUGCCAAAAAAUCUUGUAAUUCUCGGCUACGCUCGUUCAAAGCUCGAACACGAUGAUUUUUUGAAGCGUAUCACUCAAUACAUUACAGUUAAUUCAGAAGAUGACAAGCAAAAGCUGGAGGCCUUUAAGCAAAAAUGUAACUAUCUUUCUGGUGCUUAUGAUCAACCUGAGGCAUUUGAAACGCUUGAGAAGCGUCUCCGGGAACUUGAAGGUGAAAGAGACGUGCGGAAUCGCAUGUACUACCUUGCUCUCCCUCCUGAUGUUUUUGUUCCUGUUGUAACCAACUUGAAAAAGAAGUGUUACCCUGAAAAUGGUAUUAUGCGUGUUAUUAUGGAGAAGCCUUUUGGCCAUGACUUGAAGAGCGCAAAGGAGUUGCAAGCUCAAUUAGAUCCAUUGCUUACGGAGGAAGAGCUGUACCGUAUUGAUCACUACUUAGGAAAGGAGAUGGUGAAAAACAUUUCCUUCCUGAGGUUUGCGAACCCCGUUCUCGCUCACAUUUGGAACAAAAACUCUAUUGCCAACGUUCAAGUAACCUUCAAGGAAAGCAUUGGUACUGAGGGCCGUGGUGGUUACUUUGAUUCCAGUACUAUUAUUCGCGACGUUAUUCAAAAUCAUUUGAUCCAAGUGGUCACUUUGCUCGCCAUGGAGAUUCCCAGCAGCUUCAACUCGGAGGAUGUCCGUGACGAAAAGGUCAAGGUGUUGAAGCGCAUGCGUGUCGGCGACAUAAAAGACAUUGUUCUUGGCCAAUUUACAAAGAGCGAAGAUGGCAGUAAACCUGGUUACCUCGAUGACAAGACUGUCCCCGAAGGUAGCCGUUGUCCUACCUUCGCUGCCAUCCCUUUCUUCAUUGACAACGAGCGUUGGAAGGGUGUUCCUUUCCUUCUCAAGGCCGGCAAGGCUUUGAACCAGUCGAAGGUGGAGAUCCGUAUUCAACUGAAAGAUAGUGCUGCUGGUCUUUUCGACGAUAUCUAUCGCAACGAGCUUGUGAUUCGCAUUCAACCCGAUGAAGCUGUUUACAUGAAGGUCAAUGUCAAAUAUCCUGGUCUUCGCACUGAACCUAUCUUGACGGAACUCGACCUGACCUAUUCUCGUCGUUUCGAGAACAUGAAAAUUAAUGAGGCUUACGAAGCCUUGCUCCUUGCCGCGUUCCGUGGUGAUCAAUCGAACUUUGUUCGUUCCGACGAACUCGAAUAUGCUUGGGGUAUUCUCGACCCCGUGUUGUCCUGGUUGGAUAACGAUCGUCCUGAGCCUUUGCCCUACACAUAUGGUUCUCGUGGUCCUGCCGCUUUGGACGAGUUUAUGCAAAAAUUUGGUUUCGUGCACCAUGGCCCCGACAGUUACCAAUACCCCACGACUCGUCUCUCUUUGUAAAACUGUUUUACGUGUGUACUCUGAUAUGUUUGUUACGAAUGGAAUAGGACAAUGAGAUGCUCAAGUGUGAGAUUUCUUUUUGAAACGUUGGUGCAUUCGUCAUUUAAAUUUCCGUUUUUUAAAGAAACCAUUUCUGGUUGUUAAACGACUGUAGAUAAGUACAAGGAGGUGCCGCUCUGCCAGCUGCUUUGCUGAACCCCGAUAAACGUUUGGGAUGCACUUUCUUAAUCUUAAAAAGCUACUACAUUAAAUGUGCCAACGCGGCAGUUACGGUGGGAGAAAAUACAUUCACAGAUGAAAGAGCCUGUAUGGCGCUACCUUUGUUCCUUAUUGUCCUAUAUCGGAAUGAACAUAAAGAACGCUAUGUCGCUUUCUUCUUGGGAUAAUUUCGUGCUUGUGUUACAAUUCAUAGAUCAUAUCGUGCCAUUCAGAGUUGCCAAACUGGCAUUCGCUCUUACCGACGAGACUGAACCCGAGCUUCUCGUACAUCGGAAUCAACUCUUUAUGGGCUAAGAGCGAUACGCGUUUUGGACGGGGAGUAAUGAUUGUUUGGCAGCGGAAAAUCAGCUCCUCAAUAAGUUUUCUGGCGUAUCCCUGACCUCUGUGUGCAGGGUGAACUGUGACUGAGUGCAGAGCGACAUUGCUUCCGUUGCUGUCGUUCUUCUCCAUCGAUUCCAUAGUCACAAAGUCGGAUGAGGUACGAGUUGUCAAUAAAUGACCAAUCAACAUGCUAGUGUUUGCCGUUGGGGCAAUAAGACCAAGCUGGAGUGCUUGGUUGUUACUAACUCUGCUGCGGAUCUGGUUUUCGUUUUCAUUUAGUAUCUCUGCCGAAGAAAAUGUUUACAUUGAGCCGUACCUUUGCUUCUGAAGCGCGUUCAUCUUCUGGAAAACAGCUUGCCUCGAGCUUAGCUGCUUCCUUGACGUCUUUCUUUUCCAAAUUACGAAUACAAACCAUGUUGGUGAUGAUAGGUGUUAGUUAUUAACUGAGCUUAACAAGAACGCUGCUGUAUUGCAAGCCUUAGACAGGUCUUAUGUAAGUUGCAGUGGGCAAGUA